AGCUGCCAAUCUUUUUCUCUCAGGGAUUUUGCCAUUCGCAGUUGGUCUCUGUGUUUUUGGACAAGACAGCAAGGGGUUUUUUCCCUAAUAAAAACAUCCAGUCACCAUCACCUCCUCUCUGGUUGCAGUUACGUUUUAAAGGACAUGGACCUUUGCCUGACACUCCUGUUGAUCUGUCUCUGCAGCGAGGGAGUCAUUAAUUCUGAGGUGACUGAGCAGCCGGUCCUUUCGACGACCAUUAACAUUCCACCACCCAAUCACCCCACAGAGAAAACAGAAAAUGAAACAUCACCAGACUCUAACAAUAUAAAUGCCAUAGAAGUGCCUACAAUUGCAGGAACCACACCGAUAACCAGCACACCCAAUAUUUCGUCUGAGGAAGAGCUGGGCGAGGAUUGUGCAUCUGUCAGCCGAAGUUCGCAGUCCAAAGAGUCCGUCGCUCAAGCCAUACAGAAACUGGGCGUGAAGCUGCUGCAGAACUUGGAGGCGACGCCAGACCAGCCAAAUGUGAUCAUAUCUCCCCUAAGCAUAUCGUUAGCUCUCUCCCAGCUGGCUUUAGGCGCAGCAGGUGAGACCGAGGAGCUUCUCAUGCAUCAUCUCCAUGGCAACAUUCUACCUUGCUACCACCAGUCCCUGUGUAAUGUCUUACAGGGGCUGAAAAACAACGAUCUGCACAUCGCCACACGCACCUUCAUACGCCAAGGGUUCGUGUUGAAGCCAGACUUUAUCCAAGAGUCUCUGCAGUUCUAUGAAUCAGAACCAGUGGUCUUGCAGAGCCUGCAACAAAUCAACGACUGGGUAGCAAAUGCAACAAAAGGAACGAUGACAAACUUCUUAUCUGCUUUACCCAAGCUUCUCCUCAUGCUCAUUAAUGCCGUCCAUUUUAAAGGAGCAUGGAAAGCUCAGUUUGAUCCAGACUUCACCUCCAAGGGUCUGUUCAGCAUCGACGAAAAGCACAUGGUUGAGGUCGAUACAAUGGAACAUUCCAAAUAUCCUCUAAGUUCAUAUUUCGAUAAUGAGCUGGAUGCUCAGGUGGCGAGAUUCCCAUUUCUUAAAUCAAUGAGUCUGAUCGUGGUCAUGCCAACGUCUGGCUGUGUCAAUAUGUCAUCACUUUCUGCAGAGUUGAACAUCUCAGACAUUUACAAUCAUCUGCCGACGGAGAAGCCUGUGCACGUCAAAGUCCCCAAAUUUAAACUCCAGUACACUCAAGAGCUGAAAGAUGUUUUAACCAAACUGGGCCUCGGAAUGUUGUUUACUCAUCCAAACCUUUCUCGGCUGGGCGAUGGUUUCCUGAUGGUGUCCAAGGUGCACCAUAAAAGCAGCAUGGAGAUAAAUGAGGAAGGCGCAGAGGCGGCUGCUGCUACCUCUGUAGGCAUCAUCCGGAUUUCCAGUCCUUCUUUCCACCUCACUCAACCCUUCUUCUUUGCACUCAUGGAUGAUAUGACGCAAGUACCAGUUUUCAUGGGUGUGAUCACCAACCCCAACCCCGAUGCUCCCACACUGCAGAAAGCAAACAAUGGAAGCAAAGGGGGAUACAUGAUUGACAAGAAAAAUGGAAUUCCACCAAAGUAGGGACUAAUAUGUGCACAACUGUCCCACAGAAACCAUGACCUCUAUGAUUGUACAGAUUAAAUAUACAGUAUCACAUAGGCAGAACACAGUAUGUUUUUCUCUUUCAUUACGCAGAAACAAGUACAUUUUUUUUCUUUUCUUUCUUUCAUUCUUUUUUUUUUGCAACUUCUUGAGGUGAUUUGUCACAGUCAGGCGGCACCUUUACAUGUUCAUUUAAAUAAAGAAAAUUUGAUAACCUCUGUUUGUGAUUGAGAUUUUUUAUUAAAAUUACCAAGUUUUCAGAUUUUAUUGCAAAAUAAAAGUCUCUUUUUUCAGCUGCUCCUGUUAGGGGUCACCACAGCAGAUCAUCCGUCUCCAUCUCAC